CGGCGGCGCGGCGGGACGCGGAGGAGGCGGCGGCGCGGCUGGAGCGGCGGCGGGAGCGGCUGCGGCGGCUGCUGGGCGAGGAGCGGGAGGCGCUGGCGGCGGAGCUGCGGCAGCGGCGGCGGGGCGGGAUGCGCAGCCAGGAGCAGCGGGAUGGCCCCGGAGAGUGCGGGAGGAAGUUUGCUGAGCCGCCGCUGCAGGAGCGCUGGAACAAAAACAACGCACAGCUCCGAGAGGCAGAGUCUGAGCUGCACAGGAAGCACGUGAGGGAGGCUUGGAGUGAUCAGCUAACACAACAAAACCAGGAAGAGGUGACCAAACUUGAAGAGAAGAAACGUUAUGAAAGUGAGUACAAAACGGCACGAGGGGAAGCGCUGGAAAGAACGAGACAAGAGGAAGAGAAGCCUCAGCUGGAGAAGCAGCAAGCAGAGGCCUUGCUUCAGCAGAUAGAAGAACUGAAACUGCAGGAGACGAAGGCAACACAGCUGAAAAAGGAACAAGAGAAUUUAUUAAAGCAGCAGCGGGAGCUGGAGAAUUUGGAAGAAGAAAGGAAACAAAUGGAAGAGCACCGGAGGAAGAAAGAGCUCGGUCGCUUCUUGAAGCAUCAGUGUGAUGUCCAGUUAAGGAGACAAGCGCAGCAGGUACAGGAGGAACUGGAGACAGACAGGCAAAUCUUAUCAGCCCUCCUGGAGAAAGAAGAGGAGGAUCAGAGCCGGCAGAUCGCGCGGCAGGGACGGGCGGUGGCAGACGUGGCCUGGAUGAAGAGGGUCAUCGAGGAACAGCUCCAGCUGGAAAAGGAGAGGGAAGCAGAGCUCGAGACUAUCUUCAGGGAAGAAGCAAAAAAAAUGUGGGAGAAGAGGGAAGAAGAAUGGGAAAGAGAGAAGGUGGCCAGAGAUCGCCUGAUGAGUGAGGUCCUUGCAGGCAGGCGGCGCCAGAUCCAAGAGAAGAUGGAGUUAAACAGAAGGGCCCAAGAAGAAUCCAUUAAAUAUCGAGAGCAGCUGAUCAAAGAACUCGAGGAGGCCAAGGAGGAACAGCAGCGAGCCUGCAGGAGGGAGCUGCAGGCACAGGUAGCUGAGCUCCCCAAUACACACCUGGCUGCUGAGGCUGCCCCAUCUCACCUGAUUUCCCCUGUGCAGGGGACAGAGCACAGCUUGAGAGAGCAAGAGGAGCAGCAGGAGGGACCAGCCCAGCAGCAGGAGGCCAAGCAGGGCUGGCACAGCAGGCUCUACAGUUACCCAAGAGCAGCUUGGACCUGAGGAAUGAGCAUGAGAUGCAGCUCCAGCCUACAGAAAGAAAACUCUGAGAACUCAAGGAACUCCUGAAAUAAUGGUGCCUCUGGAAUAGCCUACAGUGAGAUCAAGACUUGACUCAGUAGAUUUAUGAAAACAUUUAGUUGUGGCCAAGCUGAAGAGGAGAAAAGUUCUACUGUCUUCAGGAAUGUGGAGGUGUGAGCUCCUUCAGGGAAGUGAACUGCUUCACUUUGCAUUUUGGAGUUGUGCUCAUGUAUUUUAGUACGUGAGAGGCUGAAGCAACGCAACAAAUAAAUGGGCCCUGUGGACCUGAGCCACACAAGAAUCUGUGUCUGCCCAGGAAGAGGAGCUGUGAAACACCACGGGCUGUGUCAGAGUCCCACCCUGGGGAAUCAGGCUGUGCCUUGAUUCCCACUGGACUUUGAGGAGUUCAUUCAUAAUUGCAAAUCAGUCAGAUCAUGUGUGCUGUGGCAGCAGUGCUUGUCCAGUUCCUCUCCAGAAGGUGCUGCAGACUUAAACAUUGUUUUUCACUUGUUUCAUAAAUAAUGAGUACUAAUGAAUAAUAUUCAUCAAUAAUGAAUAAUUGAAACCUGAA